AUGGAAAUAGACACUGGCUCAGCGUUGUCGUGUAUUAGUAAAGCCACGUAUGAAGAUACAUUUAAUCAUUUACCAUUAUUACCAUGUGAUUUAGCACUAACCUUUUAUGAUGGAACAAAAAUAAAGCCACUAGGUUACUGCGAGGUUAAUGUGACAUAUGGGCGGUCUAGCAAAGUUUUAGACUUAUAUGUUAUUAAUAACGGUACUACUACUUUAUUAGGCAGACAUUGGUUGUCAGAACUUGAUAUCAGCGUACCAAAAUUUAAUGUAAACAGGUUAAACGAAUCAGCCAUGAAUGUAUCUUAUGCCGUAAAUGAAUUGUUUUUCAGCUAUGCUGAGUUGUUCGACGGCGGGCUGGGGCGCUUCACGGGUGGGCGGGCUCGGCUGGCGGUGCACGCGGACGCGGCCCCGGUGUUCUGCCGCGCGCGGCCGCUGCCCUACGCGCUGCGGGAGCGCGUGGACGUCGAGCUGGACGCCAUGCUGCGCGCGGGCGUCAUUGAGCCCGUCGAGUGCUCGGACUGGGCGACUCCUCUCGUUAUUGUCAAUAAAUCGGAUGGAGCUAUUCGGAUAUGCGCGGAUUACAAGGUAACCCUCAAUCGUGUCUUAUCUGUCGACAAGUACCCAGUGCCUAAAAUUGACGACUUAUUGUCGCAAUUAGGGGGAAGUAAAUUUUUCAGCAAAAUAGACUUAUCACAGGCAUACAAUCAGAUCGAGCUUGACGCUACCAAAAAGUACACAGUAAUUAACUUGUUUUCGGCUUAG